UUGUGGGGAGGAGAGCUGAUUGACUCAGCAAAUCAUUCACUGCCUGACGUGUAACAGUUUUAGGCCCGACGGAUGACUUCUAAAAUAUGGUGUCUGGCAGGUCACUCUCAGAGGUAGCAUCGCUGACACGUAAAAAUUCCUUGUGUCUGAGUAAAUAAUAUCGAGUGUGUACCGUUGGGAUUACCUUUGUAAACGGAAUCCUGUUUUGUAUGGUGUACUGAAAUCUUUUUCAUCUUAUGAUGCCUUAAGGAAAGGUUGAAGAGUCGGGUUGACCCAGCGCUGAGGGAUCUGGUGGACUUGGGAACUGUCAAUGUUGGGUUGAUGGUGGACUGGAGGAGCUUCAAGGUCUUUUCCAACCUAGACGAUUCUGUGAUUCUGUGGUUUUCAGUAGGUUUAACUGUCCCCUGGGCAACGUUAGCGGGGUGUCAGCUGGAAUCCAGUAAAUGCUGAGAAGAGUAAGUCCUGUUCUUCCACCGGGGUCUCACACACGGCAUCCUGUGGGGAUAUCUUAUCACAGUGGGUCUUGUCCAGUGAACCCCUUAACUUUCCCCUCUGCUGUCUGCCAAACUUUGUCUUUUAGGAUUGGCGAAGACAAAAUCCUGUCUCGGGAUCCUGUCAAGUAAGGUGCCUUGAUGUCCUCCUACACGUUAGCUGACUGAAUCCCUGCCAGGCUCGGUCAUGCAACAGCACUCCUGUUUCCUGAUAAACUGUAGUCCUACUGUAUCCAGGCUUUCACUGGCUUUUGCAUCCCCUAAAGGCACAUUACUUCCUGACAGCAAGAAAACAGUUAGAAGUAUUUGCCUGGUAUAUUGCAGUGAAUCUGAAAGUGAUAUAAGAAAGAAUUGCUCCUGGGAAGAGAAGCCUCCCUGCAAGACCAACCCUGAAGAUGUGGACUGCCAUUGUAUUCUUCCUGCUGAUUUCCUUCUGUAUAUGUGAACACAGGUUUUCUGUCCUGAAAGGGAGAGGAGUCCAUGUAGUGCAGAUAAACAGGCUUACAACUGAAAAGCAGUGCAGGCAGGCUUGUCAAGGCCCAGCUGCUUCAGGUGACCAUCACUGUAACAGGGCUGUGCCCUACCAGAAUCACUGCAUCCUCUUGCAGUGUCACCAGCUGAGUGUGUGCCAGAAUGCCAGAGAGCAAGACAUCAGAGAUCUGCUUGGAGAGAUUGUCAGUGGGAAAAGGGAAACAGUCCUGUUUCACCACCAAAGCUAUCCGCAGAAAAAGGAGAGGAUGGUGAAUGGUCGGGUCAAUGGACACAACGUGGAAAACCUGUUUUCCUCAACUGCUCUGACUCGCAAGAUUCAUUUGAGGCAUUUGCUUGAGGUUGACAGUGAAGAUAUAACAAAAAAUAGAACAAAACCAAUUGCAAGCAAUGCUACCACCCCCUCAGCAACCACCCCCACAGCGACCACCACCACUGCCACAGCCAUAACAACAAACAUUACAAAUGCAUCUGUCCUCACUACAGCUUAUGUAACAACUGCCAAAGCCUCAAACGUCUCUGGAGGUUCUGGUCUCCUUGCUGAAGCCAUGUCACCCACUGCCUCUUCUCCCACUUCUGGGAACAUCCCUGCUUCCACUUCCAGCCAUGUCACCAAGCUCGUGACCACCACUGAAGAAUCAGGAAAUAGUAGUUCUGUCUCAGUAUUGUCCCCCACUUCUACUUCUGCUGCCUUCAGUGUCGUUUCUGAAGCAGGUACUCAGAUGCCUCAGAGAGAGCAGCUGAACACCAGCACUCCCCGCUCUAGUAGCCCCACCACUGUUGGAGCUGGCCCAAAGAUGCUGAGCCCAACACUGACCACGCUCGUGGCGCAGGAUGCAGGAGUGCCUUCCUCUGCUUCCACUCGUGCCACAGCACUCACCCCCUUGGAGAGUUCACACUCUGCGAAUCCACUGACUGUCGUUACGUUUCUACAUCUAGAGCCAGAAGCAAGUACAGUCACAACAUCCUUGAGUAAAUCAACUUCUCUUCUGGGCUCUACAAGAGGUGCCGUGGUUUUGACUACUGCCUCUACAGCAGAAACUACAACUGAGCAUGGGAUAGAGUCGACGUCUCACAUUUUUUCAACAACCACGACUCCAGCAGAUGCACCCAAAACAGCAACUUCAGGCCUUGCAGAAACUCAGGACAUGGACAAUGAAUAUCUUCUCAUUGCUGCUGAGCCCCUGACUCAGUACUUGGUGGAUAAAAGUUCGCUUCUUGCAGUGCUUUUAGUUGGUACGGUUUUCUUCAUAACUGUUAUAGUUCUUUUCCUUAUGCAGGCCUAUGAAAGCUACAAGAAGAAGGAUUACACACAAGUGGAUUACCUGAUCAAUGGAAUGUAUGUGGACUCAGAGAUGUGAAAGGGUGGGGAUAAAACAGUGGGCAGAGAGAUGGAAAGCAGAUUGAAAGCCUGCCUGACUUGUUUUUCUUUCCUAUUUGCCUAUAACACAAACUGAAAGUGCUUCCAAAUUUACUUCUAGUGCAAUUGAGGAGAAAUGCCAUGUACUGUAUU